AUGGAGAAUGCAGACGAUGAUGACGACUUGCGACUGGCACAAGCAUCCGCCGGUCUGAUUGCUGAUCUGGAACUCGCUCUACCUAAAAUCCUCUGGAAACGGCGCAGGACAGGCGAUCCUCGUGGAAGAGUGCAUAUCCAAGUCAGACAACGUGAUCUCGACUAUGCCAUCCGAUUACUGGAGCCCUUCCAAGGCGAACCGCAGCUUCUCGAUGCCCGGUUGAACCAACUCUUGCCACCGAUUGUCGAGGCUUUUGCAGAGUCCUUGCAGCGUGAGCGAAAACCUGCACCAGUGUCGCAUGUCGACUUUGAGAGUGCGAUCUGCAUCCUUCUUUACACCUUUUGCAAAGUGCGAGGACACAAAGUGAUUUCCCGCUUCCUAAACAAUGAGCCUCGCUACUUGGAACCCGUCCUCUCCCGACUUGAGCAUGUUCUGGCGGAACGAGAGCAACGGCCAGAGGAGUGGCAGACUCCGUAUGUGCUCUUGCUCUGGCUGUCUCAUCUUCUGUUGACCCCAUUCGACCUAUCAACUAUCUCCAACCGACCCGUGGACUCCGAACAGCUCAACCGUAUCAUUCAACUUCCGCCUGGCUUGCCACCAAUCGUUCAAAGAGUGUUAUUUGUUGGCCACAACUUCCUGCCCGUCUCAACAAAGGCUCAAGAUGCUGCAGCAAUGCUCCUGCUACGGCUCGUUAUCCGCGUGGACAUGCAGAAACUUCAACUGGCAGACGCCGUGGUCUCGCAAGCUCUGGGGGUGGUCCGAGACAACUCGCUCACAACUGUCUAUGAAAAGAUUGGCCCGUUAAGGUUUCUCGCUGGCGUAGGCUCUGCUGCAGAGCUGGACCACCUCAUCCCGAGCAUCUAUCUCGCCUCUCAACGUCUCGCUGAAGAAAAGCCCACAAUCAUGUCGAGCGCAGUGGCGAAGAAGCUAGUCUUGAAGAUCUUUCGCAACAUCGCCGUGCUGGCUUUGCGAUCCACGCCGUCUCAGGGCGCGCUGCUUGAUUUUGUUGAGACAAGUGGCGCGAUAGAGACUGCCAUCGAUCAUCUCCUGGGCUCACUCGGCGACGGCGACACUCCGGUUCGAUAUGCAGCAGCCAAAGCUCUCAGCUUCAUCAUCAUCCAGCUUCCGGGGGAGAUGGGACACGAAGUGAUUCAGGCGAUCCUCGACUCAUUCAAGGACAGCAUGCCGCAUGAUCGAGACAAGCUGGAUUUUCGAGCUGUUGACGCGUUGAAAUGGCACGGUCUCACUCUAGCCCUCGCACAUACGCUGUUCAAGCGAUGCGCCAUACCAGCACAAAUCCCCGAAAUUGUCGAUGUGCUUGUAUUGGCAUCACAGUUCGAACAACGCACGGCGACAGGGAGUAGUAUUGGCACCAAUGUCCGAGACGCGGCCAAUUUCGGCAUUUGGUCCUUGUCCCGGAGAUACACCACCGAAGAACUGCUCGCUGUCAAAAACAUCAGGAUGAAGAAAGGUUAUGCUUCUGCCCCGGAUACGUCGGUCAUCCAAUGGCUCGCGAUCCAGCUCAUCCUCUCCGCCUGUCUUGAUCCCGCCGGCAACAUUCGACGAGGCUCGUCUGCGGCAUUACAAGAGCUGGUCGGACGACAUCCGAAUCACGUUCACGAAGGCAUCGCCCUCGUUCAAAUCGUCGACUACCAGGCUGUGGGACUGCGAAGACGAGCAAUGCUGGAUGUCGCCAGCCGUGCUGCGCCAUUAAACCCCUCAUAUUGGACCGCACUCUCGGCAGCAUUGUUCGAAUGGCGGGGGUUGGGUUCGUCGGAUGUUGAAUCCCGAGAUGCUGCUGCUGCUUCUUUGGCGCGACUUAGCGGGUUGCAGGAGAGCUCUUACGAGGCCGUGCUGAUGCAAGUACUGCUAUCCGUCCAGGAGAGCUCCCAAAGCGACCCAGACUACUUACAUGGGCUCGUGCAGUCCCUUGCAUAUCUACUCCAGCGAGCGAACGCGAAGGAUGAGCACGUUGGAGAGUUCGACAAAGCCCGCUCCAACGACUUCGGACGCGUUCUAGAUGUUCUGCUUAAAGUCACCCGAGAGUUCUCUCUGCGUAUGCUGCGCUCAGAGCUACCAGCAGCUAUAGUGCAGCUGCUCGCGGCUCUCUGCCAGCAAUUAGCUCAUCUCGAGCACGACAAAGGCCUAUUGGCAUCGAUUGACACCUUAGUCGAACGCAUGCUCACACGAUCCGAGGAAACUAUACUGCAAGCCGCGCCAUCGCUCAUCAGGCCUCUUCUCACGCUGAAGGUCAAGCUGGGAAUGCCACUCGGAUGCUUGGAUGUUGAGAGUCUCUGUAUGAAAGUUGCGACUGAUAGCUCCAAAAGCACGAUGCAUGGCGCUGGGAGAGCGAUCGCUUUAGGAGCGCUAAUCGGGGCAUCUGGUAAUGCGCUCCUGAGCGAGGACAUUACGAAGGCAGUUAGUACGCUCGGUGACCUGACUCUGGCAACGAACGUGGACUGGCGAAUCGUGGGCAUCAAGGCCUUACAGCUGGUCGUGGAGUCGACUUCUGGCUUCCGCGACAUGGACACCCGUAUACCGGGGCUGGUUAUCAAUGCGCUGCACCACGCUCUGAACGAUUACACCAUUGACGAGAGAGGGGAUGUCGGAUCGCUCGUUCGGCUGCAGGCGUUACAGUGCACAACCUGCGUCCUCGCAAAAGGCGACGCCGUUUCCGAUAGCUCGUACCUCCAGAUCUUGCACGCGGACAUCUUGCGGUUAUCCUUGGAGAAGCUAGAUCGUGUUCGCUUGGCAGGAGCUCGAUGCAAACAACAGCAUCUCAGCUCAUCAAUGCCCGCGACUGAUGUCUCCAGUGUCUCAACGGAAGCAUACUUCCUCGACACCCUCCACCCUCUCGCAGACGCCACCUCUCCGACCUGGCAAACACACGCUCUAUUACAAGGCAUCAUAUCCAGCUCCGGCAUCAGCGCAGAGCCCCUCCUACAAGCUUCUCGCACCGCUCUCGCCAGUAUCCUCUCUUCCAUCCCAAUUGCCCACCUCGAAACAAUCCUAACCCUCUUCACCACAAUUCUCCAAUCCCUCCUCGCCAACUCCAACAGCACCAACCUCCAACACCCCGCUCUCGAACUCCUCUCUUUCCUCCUCGAGGUUCGAAUCCCUCAACGCCUCCUCUCCCAUCCGAACGGCGGAACCUUCAAAUGGCGCACCCUCCUCUCCACCGUCCAGAAAUCCCACCACAAGUCCAACGAUAUCCCGAAAAUCCUCGCUUGCCUGCGCAUCUACCGCUCCCUGGCGGAGAUUCCGACGAUUCGACGUGAGGUCCUGAAGAAGUUGCUGGGCAUGUUGAGGACGAAUCCGUACCCGCGCGUCCGGGUGGGUGUGGCGGAGGCUUUGUUUGUGGUCAUGGAGGGCAGAGAGGAGGUUUUGCGUGAGAGGGAUUGGGCUGCGCCGGUCAAGAUGCAUGCGGGGGUGAUUGGAGAGAUGGAAGGUCGGUGUUUGGCUUAG